UUAGGGCUAGGGAAAUGCAGAGUAAGAGGAAGCUGUUACACUUAUCAUAGCAUAUGUGAUCAAAAAGGGAUACACAUGGUGCAGAUGGUUUGAUUCAGAUGAUAAAAUGAGUCCAGUAUCCACUCUUCUGCUAUUUGCUCUCAGCAGUGUCUUUGGCAAUAAGUUAAAUGACCGCAUAUCAGAAUGGUGGCCAGUUAAGCAGACACUUAAAACUCAUCUUUCUUCUGAAACUGUCUCUGUUACUCUUCUUGGAAAUCUCAGGCUAAUAACCCUUGACCUCCAUAAUACAGCAGAUGUUGGUUGGGGCGAAACGUUGCUAUCUGGUCAGGUGAAAGGGGAUAAAACGUCUUCAGCUACAGGCUACCUUGACGAAGAUGAUAAGUUUGUUGGUCGAGUGCACCUGAAAGGGAUAUUGUAUCACGUGGAGCCAGCACUGCGCCACAAUUUACCAGGCUCUGAGUAUGAUAGUGUCAUGUAUAGAGGUAGCCAGGAGCCCAUUCUACACUCACAGCUUGUUAGAACCCUGCAGCCGCCUCGCUCUGGAGGGGCUGAUAAGACUGCACGUGCUGAUAAGUCUGCACGUGCUGAUAAGACUGCACGUGCAAAGCGCGCAGUCUACAAUUACAAGAGGAAGAGUCUGGACAGUUUGAAGAACAGAACGUGUGCUGUCCUGCUCGCUGCAGAUCACCUCUUCUUCGAACAUAUAGGUAAAGGAAGUCGAGCAACCACAACUAAAGAGCUCCUGCUGCAUCUUUACGAAGCGAACAAGAUAUACCGUUCUACUGACUUUGAUUUUGACGGCCGAAGUGACAACAUUGGCUUCGCAGUGGGAAAUGUCACCAUCUUCCAACACGAAAACAUGGCUGAAAACAAAUUCUUCGGUGAAAUAAAGUCUAGCAGCGACUACCUUGUGCGGUGGAGCGAAUACGACCACUCCUCGUACUGUCUGGCCCUGUGUUUCACUUAUCGGGACUUUGAGUCUGGCGUCCUGGGCCUAGCUUACGUCGGGGCCAAAGAUAGAACUGGAGGAAUCUGUGAUCAGCGAUACUCCAUGAACGGACACAAAGCUAGUUUUAACACUGGAAUUGUUAGCAUGAUGAACUUUGGAGCGUACGUGGGACACGAUGUAUCCUUCAUAAUACUAUCUCACGAACUAGGGCACAACUUUGGAGCUAGUCAUGAUUCAGACACAAAACUUUGUACUCCUGGGUCUGAACAUGGUGGUAACUACAUCAUGUACGACAAGGCUACCAAUGGAGAUCUUCCUCACAACAACCUGCUCAGUUUGUGUUCCAGACAAGCCAUCCUGGACGUGCUUCUUACCCGCUCUAAAACAUCCUGUUUUCGAGAAGCAGACAGUUACUGUGGUAACGGGAUAAAAGAAUGGGACGAGGAGUGCGACUGUGGACACAACAGUACGUGCCAGGAUAUAGACCCCUGCUGUACCCCCGCCGACUCCACCACCGGCACUCCCUGCACUGUUCGGAGGCACCAGGGCUUCCUCUGCAGUCCAGUGGACGGGGAUUGUUGCACGAGUAGCUGCAGUUUCUCCUCUAAUAAAACUGUCUGCAAGGAGGAUGGGGAGUGUUCGGAGCUAGUACUCUGUAGAUAUCCUUUUGAUAACUGA